AUGGCCACGCUCCUCCGCCGGCCAGGCAGCGUAGCCCGAUUCUCGAGGAGGGUCACCGAGUGCGUCGGCCGCGCAGCGCCAGCCUCUGUGCGAGUGCCUCCAUCUCGACUCUCCUCUCUAUUCACAUCCUUUCAUAUCCGAACAUAUGCUACCCAGGGUCCCGGUGGCCCAACACCUCCGCCUGGCGAGUCCCCUCCCAAGGGGAAUGGGCCGGAGAACGAUGGCCGCAAGGACGGGAAGGAGCCGGAAUCGGUUCUGAGCAAAGAAGACCAGGAGAGUCUGGACAAGUUUGCCAAGCUUUUGGAGUCGCGCAUGCCGGAGACACAGCACCGGUCCAUCCAGGAGUUUCGAAAGCAUUUCAUGAAGAACGGCAUUCCUGACGAGGUCCGGGGCAUCAUUGAAAAGGCCGAAAAUGCGUCGUUGAUGGAUCACAUUCGCAUGGUGCGGUGGAUGUUCUCGUAUACGGGUUUGAAGGCCAAGGAGGAGGUUAAAGAGAAUUCAAAGGAUGCACCGCCGUCUCUCAGUGAUAUCUUUAAGCAUGAGAAGGAUCGGGCGGAGAAGCAAGCGAAGGAGUCAGAGGGCCAGAAAGAGAAGCCCGAGGAGUCUGAGCAGCAGAAGAAUGAGGAUAAGGAUAAGACCAAGGACCAGAAAGAGAAGGACAAACAGAAACAGCAGCAGUUCGGACUCCCUCCCGGCAGCAGAGUCUUUGAAUUCCGAUUCGAUCCCGCCUCUUUCUUUAUCACCGCGCUUGUUACAUACUACGUCUACCGAAGCUUCUUCCCCGGUGAGAGCAGUGGCCGAGAGAUUACCUGGCAGGACUUCCGUUCCAACUACCUGGAGAAGGGCCUCGUGGAGAAGUUGACUGUGUCUAACGGCUCGCGGGUCCGCGUCGACCUUAACCGCGAAGUUACCCAGGCUUAUCCCGACUCGACUGGUCAACCCAUUACCCAUGUUUUCUUUAGCAUUGGAUCCGUGGAUAGCUUUGAGAGGAAGCUGGACGAUGCCCAGUAUGAAUUGGGUAUCCCCACCUCUCAGCGCAUUCCAGUUUCUUAUAUCGAUGAAGUUCCUUGGGGCAAUGCUCUUCUCUCUUUCGCCCCUACUUUGAUCCUGUUUGCUGGUAUAUACUGGUUCUCGCGACGUGCCGGCGGUGGUGCUGGUGGCCAGAGUGGAAUCUUUGGCAUCGGCAAGAGUCGUGCAAAGCGCUUCAACCACGAGACCGAUAUCAAGAUCAAGUUUUCUGACGUUGCUGGUAUGGACGAGGCUAAGGUUGAGAUCAUGGAAUUUGUUAGCUUCCUCCAGCAGCCCGAGCGGUUCCAGAAACUUGGUGCGAAGAUUCCCCGUGGUGCUAUUCUCUCUGGUCCCCCUGGUACUGGUAAGACCCUGCUGGCGAAGGCUACUGCUGGCGAGUCCGGUGUCCCCUUCUUCAGCGUCAGCGGUUCCGAGUUCGUCGAAAUGUUUGUUGGCGUCGGCCCGUCGCGUGUUCGUGACCUGUUCGCCAACGCUCGAAAGAACACUCCCUGUAUUAUCUUCAUUGACGAAAUCGAUGCGAUUGGCAAGUCCCGUUCGAAAUCAAAUUUCGGCGGGGGCAAUGACGAGCGCGAAAGUACCCUCAACCAGAUUCUCACCGAGAUGGACGGCUUCAACACCUCUGAACAAGUUGUCGUCCUUGCUGGUACUAACCGUCCUGAUGUUCUUGACAAGGCUCUCAUGCGUCCUGGUCGUUUCGAUCGGCACAUUUCCAUCGACCGUCCUACCAUGGAUGGCCGUAAACAGAUCUUCCGUGUUCACCUGAAGAAGAUUGUGACCGAUGAGAACAUGGAAUAUCUGGAAGGCAGGCUCGCUGCUUUGACUCCUGGAUUUGCUGGUGCCGAUAUUGCCAACUGCGUGAACGAGGCGGCUCUUGUUGCUGCCCGCGAAAAUGCCGACAGAGUCGUCAUGAAGCACUUCGAGCAAGCCAUCGAGCGUGUCAUUGGUGGUCUGGAGAAGAAGUCUUUGGUCCUGUCACCCGAAGAGAAGCGCACUGUUGCCUACCACGAGGCUGGUCACGCCAUCUGUGGUUGGUAUCUGCGCUGGGCCGAUCCCCUGCUUAAAGUGUCCAUCAUUCCCCGUGGACAGGGUGCCCUGGGCUAUGCCCAGUACCUUCCUGCUAACGGCGACACCUACCUGAUGAACGUCAAUCAGCUCAUGGACCGUAUGGCUAUGACCCUGGGUGGCCGUGUCAGCGAGGAGCUGCACUUCGACACUGUGACCAGCGGUGCUAGUGACGACUUCAACAAGGUGACUCGCAUGGCUACGGCCAUGGUGACUAAGUUCGGUAUGUCUCAGAAGCUUGGCUACAUCUACUACGAGGACGAUUCUGGCCAGCAACUGCAAAAGCCCUUCUCAGAGGACACUGCCCGCAGCAUCGAUGUCGAGGUUCGCCGCAUCGUUGCGGAGGCUCACAAGCAAUGCCUCGACCUCCUGACCGCAAAGAAGAAGGAGGUUGGCAUUGUCGCUGAAGAGCUCCUGUCCAAGGAGGUCCUCGGCCGCGAUGACCUGAUCCGCCUCCUCGGCCCACGUGAAUGGCCUGAGAAUGCCGAGUUCGCUAAAUACUUUGACGGCAAGGGUGGCGAGAGCCUCGCUCCGCCAGCGCCCAAGGAGAACCCGGAGGAGACCUCUGGCAAGGACGGCCGUGAUGAGACUCCACUUCCUCCUUCAUAG